GGACGGGACCUCCCCGAAACCCCCGGCUGUUAGUGCGGUGUGAGUGCGUGUGUGCUCCUGAGCUAGCCUCGGCACACAUUCUAUAAAAAAUUAAAAAUCCAAAAAAAUUUAAAAAACGUUAAAAACUCUUAAAAAAUUUCUUUUUUUUUAAUUUAUAAAAAGAAGUCGUCGGUAAAGCAGGAGCUAACAUCACGUACGGUAACAUCACGGAGGAAGGAACGCGUUUUAGCCUAGCUUAGCUUAGCUCAUCCCUGAGGCCCGGUUUAAUAACGGUAACCAAAUAAACAUAAAAUAAUAGAUAUUUAUUUCAGAUAAUCUUAACAGUAAGCUUUAAAAAGUUUAAUAAUAAUAAAACAUUGUUUCGGGUUUUAAACAUUUUAAAUCUUUAUUUUAAUUCCUGGUGAAAUUUCUCGGCUAAGCUAACUGACUGAAACUCGCGUGAGGGAAAAAAAAAAAAAAGAUAAGUCGCGCGCGUGUACAACAUUCGAACCAACCGCCGAAACCGAUUCGUUUAAACAAUAUUUAGAAAAUUCGAAUUAUAACCGAAACUCCCCGUGCGGAUUUGUCGAGAUGAACCCCAGCGCUCCGAGCUACCCGAUGGCCUCCUUGUACGUCGGAGACCUUCACCAAGACGUGACCGAGGCCAUGCUGUACGAGAAGUUCAGCCCGGCCGGCGCCAUCCUCUCCAUCCGCGUGUGCAGAGACAUGAUCACCCGCCGCUCCCUCGGCUACGCGUACGUCAACUUCCAGCAGCCCGCAGACGCUGAGCGCGCUUUGGACACCAUGAACUUCGAUGUGAUCAAAGGCCGACCGGUGCGGAUCAUGUGGUCUCAGCGCGACCCCUCUCUGAGGAAAAGUGGUGUUGGUAACAUUUUCAUUAAGAAUUUGGACAAGUCCAUCGAUAACAAGGCCCUGUACGAUACCUUCUCUGCGUUCGGCAACAUCCUGUCCUGCAAGGUCGUGUGUGAUGAAAACGGAUCGAAAGGUUACGGCUUUGUGCACUUUGAGACCCAGGAGGCAGCCGAGAGAGCCAUCGAGAAGAUGAACGGCAUGUUGCUCAACGACAGAAAAGUGUUUGUAGGUCGCUUCAAAUCUCGCAAAGAACGCGAGGCUGAGCUUGGAGCCAGAGCCAAGGAGUUCACCAACGUGUACAUUAAGAACUUCGGCGAGGACAUGAGCGACGAUAAACUAAAGGAUGUCUUUGGCAAAUACGGUGCCGCCAUGAGCAUCCGCGUCAUGACUGAUGACAGCGGUAAAUCCAGAGGCUUCGGUUUCGUGAGCUUCGAGAGGCACGAGGACGCUCAGAAGGCUGUGGACGAGAUGAAUGGGAAGGAGCUGAACGGCAAGCUGAUCUACGUGGGCCGCGCUCAGAAGAAAGUGGAACGUCAGACCGAACUCAAGCGCAAGUUUGAGCAGAUGAAGCAGGACAGGAUGACGCGCUACCAGGGCGUCAACCUGUACGUGAAAAACCUGGAUGACGGCAUCGAUGACGAACGCCUGCGCAAGGAAUUCUCUCCUUUCGGUACCAUCACCAGUGCCAAGGUCAUGAUGGACGGAGGACGCAGCAAAGGUUUCGGCUUUGUGUGUUUCUCCUCGCCCGAGGAGGCCACCAAAGCUGUGACCGAGAUGAACGGCCGAAUCGUCGCCACCAAACCGCUCUACGUGGCUCUGGCUCAGCGUAAAGAGGAACGCCAGGCUCAUCUAACCAAUCAGUACAUGCAGAGAAUGGCCAGUGUUCGGGCCGUGCCCAAUCCUGUGCUCAACCCGUACCAACCAGCGCCUCCGUCAGGGUACUUCAUGGCUGCCAUUCCUCAGGCCCAAAACAGAGCAGCGUACUAUCCCACCAGCCAGCUUGCACAGCUCCGACCGAGUCCACGCUGGACUGCACAGGGUGUCCGACCUCAGCAUUUCCAGAACAUGCAGGCCACCAUGAGGCCCUCAGCCCCGAGGCCACAAACCUUCAGUGCAAUGAGACCUGCUUCUCAGGUUCCUCGUGUGAUGUCCACUCAGCGUGUCUCUGCUCAGACGGUGGGUCCGAGACCUGCGGCGGCUGCAGCAGCCUCUGCACCGGUGCGCACCAUCCCGCAGUACAAGUACACGGCCGGAGUGCGCAACCCUCAGCAGCACAUGAACUCUCAGCCUCAGGUGUCCAUGCAGCAGCCUGCAGUGCACGUGCAGGGUCAGGAGCCUCUGACUGCUUCAAUGCUGGCUGCAGCUCCACCUCAGGAGCAGAAGCAGAUGCUGGGUGAGCGUCUUUUCCCUCUCAUCCAGAACAUGCACUCCAACCUGGCAGGGAAGAUCACUGGCAUGCUGCUGGAGAUUGACAACUCCGAGCUGCUGCACAUGCUCGAGUCUCCAGAGUCUCUGCGCUCCAAGGUUGAUGAGGCCGUUGCCGUGCUUCAGGCUCACCAGGCCAAGGAACAGGCUCAACAGAAAAAUGUGACCAACUCCACUGGGGUGCCAAGUGUCUAAGCAGAGGGCCGACGAUCUUUCAAAACAUGCUUCACCAAGGGGGAAUUAAAAAAAAAAACACAUUAAAACAUUGAAAAAAACUUUGAAAACGCUGCAAAAAGAUAGAAAUGAUAUUUUAAAAAAAAGAAAAAAAAGGAACUGAACUCUGCCAGGCCUAGAGAAGAUGGGUCUAGAACAUCAUAUAAAAAAAUCCUGGAAAAAAAUAGAAAAAUGGUUGAAAAUGGGGGGAAAAAAAAGGAAAAUUGGGGGUUUUAGAGAAAAUUCCACAAGAGUUAGAGGAGGUGUGGAGAGAAAAAAAUCGGACGCUCUAGCAUUCCUUAUUUUAUUCAUUUUAUUCCACGCCUGCUGCGGAAUCCAGGUGUCUGAGAACCGCACGGGCAAUGUGAACAUUUCUCCGGAAUUGGAAAAUGUGCUUGCUCAAAAUAAAGUUUAAUUCUGAAUCAUGA